CUGUAGUUGUUUCUCCAGGAAAUGAUAAAACACAGCCUAUUUUUGUUCACUUUUGGAAUAACUUUAACUGGAAAACCUUCUGGGAUGAAAGGUGUAUCUUCUGAACAGAUAUCCAGACUUUCUACAUUAGAAAUAAUUAUUCCUCGCCUGACAGGCAGACAGAAACAUCACCCAUUUUAUCAUGAGGAGCAUUCUGAUGACAAUCUUUCGUACUCAGUUAAAACCAGAAAUGGCACAUAUCUCCUAAAACUGAAGAGAAACAAAAGGCUUGUUAGUGAAGACUUUAUGCUCUACACCUAUGGGGAAAAUGGGAAACUGGAGGCCACACAAUCAAAAAAUGAGACACACUGUUAUUAUCAUGGCACUGUUGAAGGAAUUGCUGACUCGGUGCUUGCUCUCAGCACAUGCGAUGGCCUUAGAGGAAUUCUCUACAUUGGUGGCAAAUGGUAUGGAAUGGAGCCACUCGAGACAUCCAGCACGUUUGAACAUGUGUUUUACCAGUCAGAAGAUAUGCAGGAUAUCCCCUUCCAGUGCGGUGUGCUGAACAGCAGCCUUCAUCACGAGGAGAUGUUUGUGAAGCAGGCUGUGAAAUACACCUUUGUUUCAAACAGUACCUCCAGCAGGGAGAAGCUUUUGAGGAUGAAGCGAGCUGUCCUGCCACAGAAAAGCUAUGUGGAAUUAUUUGUGGUUGUGGAUAACAACAGGUUUUUGAUGAAGAAAUCUGAUCCUACUGCGGUCCAAAAGGAAACAGUUGAGCUGAUUAAUUAUGUUGAUGGGAUGUAUGCAGCAUUAAACAUCCAGAUUGUUCUGGUUGGAUUAGAGAUCUGGACAGAUACAAACCACAUAUCUGUGAUGGAAGGGUCAGCUGGAGAUGUCCUCAGUAGAUUUGUCUCUUGGAGACAGAAAGAUCUUCUUAAACGAUCAAGAAAUGAUGUUGGCCAUCUCAUCAUAGGGAGAAGCUCUUACAGUGGAUCCAUUGGAAUGGCUUUUGUGGGUACUGUCUGCUCACAAGUCCAGGGAGGGUCAAUCAGCACUUUGAAUCAUGACAAUAUGUUGCGUCAUGCUACAGUAGUUGCUCAUGAAUUGGGGCAUAAUCUUGGAAUGAAACACGAUGACACAAGGUGUCCUGCAUCCUAUAUUAUGCACAGCACAGAUAAUGGAUCCAGAAAUUUCAGCACCUGCAGUGCUGAUGAUUUUGAGAACCUUAUUCUCAGUGGAGGAGGAAACUGCCUUAGAAAUCCUCCCAAAACAAGUAAUGUUUACAAGGAACCUGUCUGUGGCAAUAAUGUGGUUGAUAGUAAUGAAGAAUGCGACUGUGGCAAACCAGAGGAAUGUACCAACCCUUGCUGUGAUGCUGCAACCUGCAAACUCACACCUGGAUCGCAAUGUGCUCAAGGACUGUGCUGCAAAAAUUGCAAGUUUAAAGUGGCAGGAACAGAGUGCAGAUCAAAAAUGGACUUCUGUGACCUACCCGAGUACUGCAAUGGAAGCGAUGCCUACUGCCCAGAGGAUGUUUAUAUCAUGAAUGGUUACCCAUGCAGCAACAUGAAGGCUUAUUGCUACUAUGGAGUAUGCCAGAGUUUUGAUUCACAAUGUGAAUCUAUAUAUGGAAAAGGGGCAAGAAAAGCACCCGAUGCAUGCUUUGAAAGAGCAAAUAUUAAAGGAGACAGGUUUGGAAACUGUGGAAUGAAAGGUGGAGUGUACAAGAAAUGUCCUGUUCAGCAUAGUCUGUGUGGCAAGCUCCAGUGCACAUCUGUUAGCCUUCAAAACCUUCCUGCCUGGAGCGUUGUCAAUAACGCAUCUGGGGUUUUAUGCUGGUCUUCUGACUUUGACUUAGGAUCAGAUGUCCCUGAUCCUGCUCAAGUUCAUGAUGGAACAGCCUGUGGAGAACAGAAGGCCUGUUUGGAUUUUCAGUGUGUUGAUGCAAGUAAUCUGGGCUAUAGCUGUGAUGUAAAGCAGAAGUGUAACGACAAUGGGGUGUGUAACAACAAUGGGAACUGCCACUGCAACUCUGGAUGGGCACCUCCAUUCUGUAACCGGUCAGGCUACGGGGGCAGCAUUGACAGUGGUCCAGCUCACAUAGAUACAUCACUUCGGGAUGGUCUGCUCAUUUUUUUCCUCCUUGUGUUGCCACUUGUACUUGUUGCUGUAGUAGCAGUCAUUAAACGUGACGCAAUAAGGAGGAAGUUUUGCAGGAAAAGCAGAAGACAACACAGGUAUUUCACUUACUACAAAUGCUAUUUCAACACUUGGGAGCAUGCUCCAGAUUUAUUUAGCAAGCUGGGUAGAUGCUUUAUCUAUACAAAGAAUUCCAGCCCACCAAAAAGAAAACAUAUCACAGCUAAUAGUAGCAGCCAGUGCAAACCCAGCUUCCAGCAGCUCCUUCAGGACCUCAGCGACCCGCAGUCCCACCUAGACCAGCUGCCUGAAAAGCUCCUUGGGAACCCUCACCCAGUUCUGACAAGGAAUUACAGACUGCUGUCCUCCAUUCCUCUCCUUGUGCAGCCAAAAUGCUUCCUGAAAGCACAUACCUCUGGAAAAGACUUGAUGCUGCCAGGCACUGAACACAGACUUUGUCACAUCCAUUAUUCUCCUAAUUGCUGCUGGCUGCAUUUGUGCCUCUUCUACCUCACUUCCUAUUUUUGUUUUAAAACAGAAGUCCGAAGUUCAGCUCCUGUUAGGUGCAAUCUGGAAGAACAUCACAGAACAGGACUCUUCUAAGUGCAGCCUUACUUGCCAGCCAAACAGGAAUGAGUUCAGUUAUUUAGGCAUCAUUUACGCACCUCUAGUCAUACACUACUGUGAAAAGUGGAACACAGAUAGAUCCCGUGGGAAGUCUGCAGCCUAUCUACCUCCUGGGUCAUCCUCUUGGCUGUCCACUGCCAGGGAUGCAGCCAUUCCCUGUUCCCCACAGGCCAAGCUUUUCCUGUGUGUUGCUCCAAGCCUCAGCUUCCACGCAGCACUAUCAGAGCUGGGAUCUGGAUCCCACCUCUCACUACCUGCCACCUGCAGUACCUUCCACUUCAGUUAGUUGAGCAAGC